AUGUUCCUCCAGUCUUUUCUCCCGCUCCUCCUUGCCCCCUUGAUCGCGGCCAGUCCUACCGGCGUCGCUCCUCGCAAUGCACACCACGCACGGCAGUACAUCGAAGCCGACGAUCUGGCAACAGGUCAGUGCAAGGACGUGAUGUUCCUUUUCGCCCGUGGAUCUACAGAAAUCGGCAACAUGGGCACUGUCGUUGGUCCUGAAGUCUGCGAUGACCUGGCUCUCCAGGGUAUCGGGUCUGUCGGAUGCCAGGGCAUUGGCGGCGCCUAUACAGCUGGUCUGGCGGAGAACUUCCUCCCCCAGAACACCGCACCGCAGGAUAUCCAGGCUGCAGUGGACAUGUUCAACCAGUGCAGUACCAAGUGUCCUAAUGCGAAGAUCGUUGCGGGUGGAUACAGUCAAGGAAGCGCCGUCAUCGACAACGCCGUCCAAAAACUCUCCGACGACGUCAAGGCCAAGGUGAAGGGCGUGGUGCUAUUCGGCUUCACUCGUAAUCUGCAAGACGGAGGCAAGAUUCCCGGCUACCCGCAGGAUCAAACCAAGGUUUUCUGUGCUGUAGGCGACUUGGUGUGCGAUGGCACGUUGAUCAUCACAUUUGCCCAUUUGACGUACGGCGCGAAUGCGGGCGAAGCAGCGACCUUCCUCGCGUCCAAGGUCAAGGGGUGA